AUGUCGAACUUACCGGAGGAACCCUCUUCUUCCCCCCAUCAGCCCUCUGUGGAGGAUUUCGAGAGGGACCGAGACGGGGAACAUGGCAAUAAUCGGAACGAGAGCCCCAACCCGGAGACAACGCUCUGUCGCGAAGAAGCCAGUGAAAGCCUCAGCUUGCCAACUGUCCCGCAGCGGUGGAGGGCAGCGAGCCAAAGCAUCCGGCAACGGACUGCCACGCUUGCGGAGAAGCUGGGGCGCCCUCAUGAACGAGAGGCAGAUGACUUGGGCGUUGGCCUGUCGCCGGAAUGGUAUGGGGCGACUGAUGACAUCGAAAGCUUCUCAGCCCGUCAAACCAAAGAUGAAGAACAAAGAUUGAUGGGAGGGGACCCUGACUCGCAGGCGCAACUCUUGGUCCACCAGUUGGGCUUGCAAUCUCACAAGCCACAUGCCCAUAGUCGGCUCAUGGAAGAGCCUCGCUCCGGGACGACGACCCCCGACGAGAGCGGAACAGUGACGACGACCCCAAAUGGCGGCGGGCUGCUUUCCCAUUUACUUCGGGUCUAUGCCAACAAUCAGGGGGCAGCGAGCAGGAUUAGUGUUGCUUCCACAGCAUCGGAGACCGACCCAGAAACGGAGACCAUUCCCACCAACACCCCUGGCACGGCCACGCCCACUGGGAAAAAAGAGAAGGUGAAGUGGUACAACAAUGGGAACAACGGGAAGUCGAACCAUCACUACACGGCCUCCUUGGUCCAAGCAUCUAUGGAUAUGGGCCGAGUUGGGGUCCCCGGGGCCAUGGCACCGACACCCAUUUCUCCCAAGGAACGAAAGAAGCAGAAGCGCAAGAGUGCCAAGGACGUGAAGCUUACGGUGCACAUUGCAGCUAUCCUGGCACGACAGCAGUAUAUCAUGCAGCUCUGCCGGGCGCUGAUGAAGUAUGGGGCCCCGACCCAUCGGUUGGAGGAGUACAUGGCGAUGACCUCCAAUGUACUCGAGAUCAAGGCGCAGUACCUGUACAUCCCAGGCUGCAUGUUCAUGUCUUUUGAUGACGCUUUGACUCGCACCGCUGAGGUCAAGAUUAUUCGAGUCGUCCAGGGAUUGGAUCUGUCCCGCCUGGCAGAGACGCACAAUGUGUACAAAAACGUGGUGCACGAUGUCAUCGGAGUGGAGGAAGCGACCCAGCAGCUGGACGAAAUCAUGCAGCGCAAGCCACGCUACAACAAAUGGUUACUAGUUAUUUUGACCGGGCUGGCCAGUGUUGCCGUCGGCCCCUACUCUUUCUCUGCCCGCCCCAUCGACCUUCCGAUAAUUUUUAUUCUGGGUUGUUUGGUGGGAUUCAUGCAGCAUGUCCUCGCCCCGGCAUCGGCCACGUAUUCCAACGUGCUGGAGGUUUCGGCCGCGGUUUUGACCUCGUUCCUAGCGCGCGCAUUUGGCAGCAUUCAGCAUCACGGGCAGCGGGUUUUUUGCUUUUCAGCUAUGGCACAAUCGUCCAUCGCCAUGAUCCUGCCUGGGUUCGCCGUGCUCAGCAGCAGUCUAGAGUUACAGUCGCAUCAGAUGAACGCCGGGUCGAUUCGGAUGGUCUUCACUAUCAUCUACUCGCUGUUUCUCGGCUACGGCGUCACGGUAGGCACCACAAUCUAUGGCCUCAUGGAUCCUAACGCCACCCGAGAGGCGCAAUGCCCUGCGGAGACUCUGAAUGUCUACGGCAGCGAGUACACGCAGCGUUUCCCGUUCGUGGCGCUGUUCUGUCUGUUCGCGGCGCUCAUCAACCAGGCCAAGCCCAAACAACUCCCUGUUACCAUUCUCAUGGGCGUCUGCGGCUAUGUGACGAAUUACUUCAGUACCAAGAAACUCGGCGCCAACCAGGUCGCCAACACCGUGGGUGCCUUCACCAUCGGGCUUCUGGCCAACCUGUACAGCCGCCUGUGGCACGGCCAUGCCGCCGCCGCUAUCAUCCCUGGUAUCUUCACCCUGGUUCCUUCAGGUCUAGCAUCCAGUGGCUCCAUUAUUUCCGGGCUGUCGUAUGCCGAGGCUGUCGCAUCUGGCAACGUCAAUGCCACUUCCAGUGCCACAUCUGGCAGCUCCUUGACGGCACUUGGGUAUGGGAUGAUCCAGACGGCGAUUGGGAUCUCAGUUGGGCUGUUCAUUGCGGCGCUGAUUGUGUAUCCCCAUGGAAAGAAGCGGAGUGGGAUUUUCAGUCUGUAG